GUUUUUGCUUCCAAAAGGGGCAGACUUCUGAGACUCUUCUUAACAUGAUGCUCCUUCAUACCGACGUGCGCUCCUUCUUGUUGCUUUUCUCUUUUUCCCUCUCUACACUUGUUUGCACUUUCUCGUUCUAUCCUCUCAAAAAUCCCCAAAACUCAAGUUUUGAAAAUUAAAGUUGUCGUCUUUUAUUGGUUUAGUCAAAUCUUACACUACCAAACCAAACUACAUCACCAUUAGUCUCUGUCAAUGGAACGGCCUAUUCACGUUCCUUUUUGUCCUUCUUCACCAAUCGUGUUUCUUCAUUUACCUAUAUGAAUGGGCAUUGAGUUUGGGGUUUUAGCUUCAGCCACUGGCGUACCAGGAUAAGGAAUUCUGAAUUAUAGUUUUCCUUCAUGGAGACCUUAACUUCAACUGCUUCAUUUCCAAUUCCUCGAGAACCAGCCAAUUAUGAUGAGGUCUCAAUGAAACAGAGCUUGCUCUUCUCCGAUAGUCUCAAGGAUUUGAAGAAUCUGAGAACACAGCUGUACUCGGCAGCUGAAUAUUUUGAAUUAUCCUACACCAAUGAUGACCAAAAACAUAUAGUGGUGGAUACAUUGAAAGAUUAUGCCAUUAAAGCUCUUGUGAAUACUGUGGACCAUUUGGGCUCUGUCACAUAUAAGGUUAAUGAUCUCUUGGAUGAAAAGGUUGAUGAAGUUUCUGGAACAGAGCUUCGUGUAUCUUGCAUUGAACAGAGGCUACGGGCGUGCCAAGAGUAUAUUGAUCGAGAGGGCCUUUCACAGCAGGCAUUGGUGAUAAAUACUCCCAAAUACCAUAAGCGAUAUAUCUUGCCAGUUGGGGAGACCAUGCAUGGUGCCAACCGCACUAAAUCAAAAUAUCAAGGUUGCAGCCUGGAUGACGAAGAUGAGUGGCAUCAAUUUAGGAAUGCUGUUCGUGCUACAAUAAGAGAAACCCCAUCAUCCUCGUUCAGAAAAGGGCGUUCCCCAUCGCCUUCUCUACGAACUGCACAACGAUCUGCAACUUUUUCAUUCACGCGCACCACACCAAAGAAGGAACUCGAGAAACGAACAGUGUCUCCACAUCGAUUUCCACUUUUACGUUCUGGAUCUCUCUCCAGUAGGCCAACUACCCCAAAUUCUAGGCUAGGCACCCCAAAUUCUAGUCGGCCAACCACUCCAAACACUUCUGCUGGAAGACAACGGUAUCCUUCAGAACCUCGGAAAUCAGCUUCAAUGCGUCUCCAUGCCGACAAGGAAAACUCUAAAGAUAUUGAACAAUACCCCAGUAAGAGUAAGCGUCUUCUCAAGGCCUUGCUCAGCCGGCGCAAGUCAAAGAAAGACGACAUGCUAUAUACUUACUUGGAUGAAUACUGAAAAACAAAAAUAACAGGGGAAAAAGAGAAGAAAUGAGGCGCGGGAAAAUGUCUGUGGACUUGGUGUUUUUCUAUUUUCCCCUUUAGUUCUCACUUUGUUAUUGUACCCUUUUCCAUCUUUCUUCUCUUAAGCAUUGGUGCUAUAAAUGGACCUCUUUUCACUGCCAUCCUGCAGUUUUCUAUUACAUUAUUGAAAUAUUACUUGAAGUUGUUUUCAAUCCAUUUAAGAUUGUAUAGUUUGAUAUAUGUACCUUAAGUUCUUUGUAAGUUUGAUUCAUUCUUGCAAUAAAGCUUGGCAAUUCAGCUUGGAGAUA